AUGAUGAAGCGUGAUGAUUCCUUUCAUGGGAAACAGAGUCUCGUGUCUAAUGGCCCCAUCAUUACAGGGGAGUGUUUGGGUAGAGGACUAAGGGAUUCCAGGAAGGUGGAGCAGACCAAGGCGCCCAGAUCUGCUGAACGUCCCGCUCUGACCCGCCGCWGCCAAACCAUCUUCACUCCAGUUGUUCCAGAGGUUUCAUCGCCUACAGUCCCCCGUGAGGUUGUGAGUUCCCAGACAGAGGAGGUCUACUCUGUGGGGUCAGGGGGGAGUCUCUCCCACUCUCUUUCCUCUUCCCCGCACCCAGCUCAGCAUGCCCCAGCCCCUGAGCACCUCCACGGCUCUCCCAGCUCCACUACCAUGUGUAGAUGGACAGUGACACAAGGUGCACCGGUCGCCUGGUUCUCCUCCUUCCCCUGCAGCAGACCUCCUUCGCUCUUGCYCCCCGUCACCUUCCUCCUCCUGCUCCUCCUGCUCGGACCCUCCCCGCUCUCCGCUGCUCCAUMCAGAGACUCUGAGAAGAGCCAUGCACCAGGGGGGACUCCUCCUGCCUUCGCCUCGUCGCCCUCGUCGCCCUCGCUGCUCUACACGUCCUCKGCGAGGUUGCCACGGGCCGCCAACGAGUCGUCGCCGUCCGCGAUGGUGGUCGGGCGUCACGUGCGAAGCAGCUACAAACAUCUGCAGGGAGAUGUGCGCCGGAGGAAGCUGUUCUCCUACCAGAAGUUCUUCCUCCGCAUCGGUGAAGAUGGAGUCGUUAAUGGCACCAAGGACAGGGAUGAUCCAUACAGUAUUUUGGAGAUCAAAUCAGUGGAUGUGGGAGUGGUGGCCAUCAGGGGCCUCGUCAGCAAUCACUACCUGGCGAUCAAGAAGAACGGUGUUGUGUACGGAGCGAGGGAGUUCGGCCCCGACUGUCGUCUAACCGAACGCAUCGAGGAGAACAAGUACAACACCUACGCUUCAGCUGAGUGGAAGACCAAAGCUAACAGGCCCAUGUUUGUGGGACUGAGCCCCAAGGGAAAGCCAUUGAGGAGAAAAAGAACAAAAAGGAAAAACACAGCCACUCACUUCCUGCCCAUGGUGGUGCAGUCACAGUGAUGGGACGGUUCUGCGCACCUGCAGGGUCUUUCUUUGGAGUUACAGGGAUGGCUCCACGGGACAGAUCUGAAACGGAUCUGUAUGAUGCACUGAGGAGGCAAACAAACAAAAUCUAUAGACAUUUAAAUAUGUUGGAAAUAAGACAUUUCUAUUUUAAAGAAAAAAUAUAUCAGUAUACAAUGUAUAUAAUAUUUUCUGUUCUAAGUUAUAAAGUACACUGGCGCAGGAAAUAUGAAAGAGAAACAACUUCUGUGCCAAAAUGUGAUUUAUUAACUCACAUUUUCAGAUUUUUGAAGUGUGUGUGGGGGGAACUACAGCGAAAGGAUCAAACAUAAAGUAAAAAAUAUGAAGGUAGACAGAAUAUCAUUAAAAGAGGUAGAAACAGAUAGCAAGAACAAAAAGGCAAUAUAAAAGUAAAAAGCUCAAAAAAGCACCAACACAAACUUAACACUAUCAUGUUUUCCCCCAGAUUUAUUUAUUUUAUGUAAUAUUUAAUAGAAAAAGAACAAAGGGAAAAGUCUUGUCUUUUUCUACCAUUUAUGC